CACCAUGUUGGGUUUUACAUUGUUGCCAUCACAGGAAACACCACCCUGGUCCUCCUCCUCUCUCUGGAUCCCCGGCUCCACAGCCCCAUGUACUUCCUGCUCAGCAAGCUCUCCCUCAUGGACAUUUCCCUCAUCUCCAUUAUUGUCCCCAAGAUGUUAACCAACUUCUUCUCAAGGACAUUAUAUAUUUCAUACAUUGGCUGUGGGACUCAGGUCUAUUUCCAUUCUGCCCUUGGUGGCAGUGAAUGUAUUUUGCUCACUCUGAUGGCCUAUGACCAAUAUGUGGUUAUUAGUAACCCCUUAAGGUAUGUGGCUAUUAUGAAUUCUGAGGUUUGCCUGCAGAUGGCCAUUGUGUCCUGGAUUGGGGGAGCUAUCAAUUCCCUAGUUCAAACCACAUAUGCCAUGCAUUUUCCCAGAUGUGGCUCAAGAGAAAUACACCAUUUUUUCUGUGAGAUACAGGCAGUUCUCAAGCUGUCAUGUGAGAACACUUCAUCUUAUAAGAAAGUAGUGUCAGUAAUGGGAAGUAUAUUUCUCCUCAUACCCUUUGCCCUCGUUCUCACUUCCUAUACUCUCAUCUUCCUUAGGGUUCUCCACAUAAAUUCUUCCAAGGGAAGAAAUAAAACUGUUGCCACAUGCUCUUCACAUCUGAUGGUGGUAUUUCUCUGCUUUGGUCCAACCAAUGUCAUCUACAUGACUCCCAGUGCCUUGCUCUCCCCAGAACAGGACCAGGAUCUCUCUGUAUUCUAUACCAUUGUCACUCCCAUGUUGAACACCCUCAUAUACAGCCCAAGGAACAAGGACAUAGGAGAGGCUCUGAAGAAAAUUCUGUGCAAAACUUACUCAUAAAUUAGUCUGAU